AUAUGGAAGGCGAGGAAGAACAGAGUUUCUUCGAAGGCUCAUUGCCCCCAGAAUUCAGUGAAACGCACGAUGGCACAUCUGACUUCGAGCGCAUGGAAAAUGCCGUUCUUUCCUCCCCAGAUGGUCGUCGGCGGGCUAAUGAGAAUGCCAAUACUCAAAGAGGCGUCAUUGGAGACACGCAUGCACACUUUGACCAAGAAAAACAGCAAUUAUUGCACGAUCUUCAUUUGUGCAAGAUGGAAAUAUCUAAAAAGGUGCUGCAGAUGGAUAAUAUGAAAGCAGAUCAGAUGGCUUUAGUUGACGAAAUGGAAGAGCGGCUGCAGGAGGCAGAACAUCAGAGGCGUAUCCUACAGACAAAACUUGAUUCACAACAGACUGUCCAUUCAUCUGCUCGGGAUGAGAUGAAAAAGAGACAUGAAUCCAUGCGCUCAGAUCUUCAAAAGAUUUUGAAAAGGCAACACGAUUUGGAGCUAAUUAAUGAAAAGUUACAAAGCCAGGCAGGCGACGUGCGCAGAGUUCUAUCUUUUUCAAGCUCUCCGCAGAUGCUGAGUCAAGACAAGUUUUACAAACUGAAAGCCAUGCCGGAAGAUUCCCUUUCAAUUCGCGAUUUCACGCUCCUAAAGAUGCAUUCACUAGUAGAGAAGUUCAAAGAGGAACAAGAAUCUCUGCGAAAAGCUUUAAAAGAGGCAACAGACGAAGUAAAUAAUAUGAAAAGUCAGUAUGAAAGCAUUGUAGAUAAACUGACCAGUGAACAUAAACAGCAUGCGGAGAUGAUCGUUCGAUUCCAGAAAUUGUCCGUUGAACUGAAAGAUACUCAAAAGGAAAUCAAAGAGGGAGACUACAGGAUUAAAAAUUUUGAGCAAGUGAGGUCGGAACGAGAUUCAUUAGGUUUGGAACUUGAGUCACAGCAAACAGAAUUCAAAAAUCUCCAGUUAGCCUACCGAGCUAUCCAGCGAGAACGUGACGAGCUUGAUAGCGAUUUAACGGCCGCAAAGCAGACUAUUAGCUUGCUUCAACGAGACAAAGAGUUUGUGGGAGUGCAGAAUGUCGAACUAAGUGAGAAACUUGCAUCGGCAAACGAAAAGCUCAGUUAUGCUCAGAACCACGCUGACAGCAUGCAAAAAGCUAGAGAAGAAACAUACGAGAAGUACGUAUCUUCGAGACAAGAGGAUCGAUUCACAUUUGAUGACCGGCUUAGACAAGAACUGGCAGAGAUAAAAGCUCGUCAUGAUCAUGAUCUUCAAAAUGUGAAAACUAGUUUGACUGAUUUGCACGAAAGAGAAAGAAGGUCGCUGAAGGAAAGCAAUGAAAUGUUGAUUGUAGAAAAGAACCGAGCUCUUAACGCUGAGCAAGAAGUGAAAGAAAAGAACGAUUUGCUAUGGCAGGAAUUGCAGAAAGUGAAAGCAGAGGCUGAAACUAGAGUUACAAAAAUAGAAGGUGACGCCAAAGUCAAACUUUUCGAAGCUGAUCGAACGGUGUUAUCUUUGGAGGAGGCUUUGAAAAACUCAAGGAAUUUGCAUUUAGAGAAUGAGAAAAUUUCGAAAAAACUGAAAGUCGUUACUGCGGAGUACGAACAACUCCAGACCCAAUGUCAGCAAGAAAUUCUUUCCUUGAAACACCAGUUAAAACUAAAAGAGAACGACGUAAAUUUAAACCCAAAGAGAGAUGCCGAGAGAAUGAAUCAUCAAGAGAGCGAAUCGAGGGACUUCAUGCAAAAAUUAGCUUCAAGAUUUGACUCCGAGAAACUCAGUGAUGAUUAUACGACUUACCACAAAAUAGCAUCUCUUGAAAACGCAAUUGCGAAUCUGCAAAACGAAAAUCGAGAGUUAAGAAAUGAAGUUCAAGCUAAGACAGUUGAGCUAGAAGCUAUGAGAACUUUAAUUGAUGGAAACUCAAACCAGCCUUUCCAAUUGCUAAUGUCAAAAAUCAAGCUGAAGGAAGUUCAGUGCAACAAAAAAGACAGAACAAUUUCUCUUUUGGAACAAGAUAAUUCUGAUCUACGAAAUAAAAUGACACAACUUCAAUUCGAUGUCGAAAAGCUAUUGAAUAACAGAAAAGAAAUUCUGAUGAUCAAAGGAAAUUUACGAAGAAUUCUCACCGAAGAGAAGGUUCUAGAAUCAGCAGAUGUGAGUCGCAAUGAUACUCUAGAGCAAAGCAAGGAAGAGCCUUUGCUGAUUGUGCCAAACAAAGGCAAACGGGGUUCAAAUUGGGAGAAACGAUUACAGAAGAAAAAUGCCAUUGAGUAAUAAGUAAUCAGAUUUUGUAAAUUUGUACAGAUGUCCCAUGUAAAUAUCAUUUCGUUUUCUUGCUAUUUACGUUGUUAACUAU